CCAAUCCAACAAUUCGAACAAAGACGCGGCGUCUAGUACCCCAAAAUUCUUAUUUUUAUUGCGCACGUGGUGCAAUCUAAUUGGUCCUUAUCCUUUUUUUAUAUUUUUAUUUUCCAUUUUUUCGUCCGGAAAUGAAAAGGGGAUAUUGAUUAUUGAAUUGCUUCAGAUCCCCAAUAUUUCUUUCUUACCUGCUCCAUUGUUUUUCUGCCCUCCAUUGUUGCACCUUCCAAGCUUUUUCUUACCUCAUAUGCGCUUGAUUUGCUGGAGACGCUGAUGGAGUCCUUGGCCUCCAGCGGUUUCUGGGAUUUUCUCGACUAUUCCUUCAUCGCCGAUGAUCAACCCGCCGAUUUUCUCUGGUCCAACAACAGUGUUAUGGAUGUUGAUUUCUCAGGUGGCGGCGCCGUCGGAGGGAAUGAUGAGCACGCCAAUGGCGAUGGCGAUGGCGAUGGCGCUUCCGAAGUGAAGGAAGAAAAGGAGUGUCCGCGUAAGAGGGAACGCACGGAGUCUUGCAGCAAGCAAGGGUCGAAGGCAUACCGUGGGAAAUUGCGGCGAGAGAGAUUGAAUGACAGGUUUAUGGAUUUGUGUUCUGUUUUAGAACCUUGGAGACCUACAAGAACGGACAAACCAGCUAUUCUGGAUGACGCCAUAAGAGUUUUGAACCAACUGAAAGACGAAGCUCAGGAGCUAAAAGAAACAAAUGAAAAGCUACUGGAAGAAAUAAAGAGUUUAAAGGCAGAGAAGAACGAUAUCCGAGAGGAGAAACUAGUACUUAAAUCAGAUAAAGAAAGGAUGGAGCAGCAGUUGAAAACCAUGGCAAUGCAGCCUUCUGGAUUUAUGCCGGCCCACCCAGCGGCAUAUCAAAACAAGAUGGCAGUUUAUCCCAGCUAUAGUCUGGUCCCAAUGUGGCACUACUUGCCUCCAUCAACUCGUGAUACAUCUCAUGAUCACGAGCUUAGGCCACCUGCUGCUUAGUUUCUCUUCCCUUCCAUGGCUGGAAGUUUUUUAGUUGCUUUAUCUCUGUGUCAUCCGCAGUUUAUUGCUCAAAGACGUGUAAAUAUCAAUGCUAUCUCAGUUUGCCUGUUGUUUUAUUCAGUUUGGUGGUAAAUGUAUGGCAGAAUUGAUCAGGAAUGUAGUGAUGACAUCAAAUUUUCGAAUAAAUUAUUCCAAUCCAGUCUCCAAACAUGUUUCAUGCCCA